UGAGUAAACAAUGACUGAAUUUCCAUUUUUGGAUGAACUAAUCCUUUAAUUUUUUACAAUAAAGAGUCAUUGAGCCUGUAUACAUGCACACCAAUGAGCUGAUUACACCCAAACAAAAUUAGCUUAUUAAAAAGCCUGACAAAGCAAGAAAUGUGUUCCCAAUUGAAGAGGCAUGCACACAACACUUGCAAUUGUUGGAUUAGCCGGUUAGAAUGCUGGUAAAAUUUUGUACAUGCAAUGCAAAAUUGUUGUAAUGGGCAAAACCUACUUGUCUGUUUACUCUUAAGCCUUACACCGAUAAACACAUUAUUCACUAUACAUUUUGAGAUUUCUCCAUUAUUUGAUACAUAAUUCAGAUCGUGAAGUACUAAAUCUCUAAUCAGGAUAAUCAGGUGUGUUAUCAGAUAAAUAAGACAUCUAGCAUGAGCUGUUUUGGUGAUCCUUGAGGAAUUGAACAAGAAACACUGCAGAUAGUCCUCGAUCAUGUUUGUUGCUUACAGUAACGAGUUCAUGAAGACAUAUGAUUAUGUGUUUAGCUGGGUCUUGGCUUCUGGACAAAAUUAAUUAGAGGUUGGCAGUAUGACUCCCACACUGAUCAGCUUUUUGUUGUUGUCGAUUAUAAUGAGUCUUUAAAUAAUCUUUGUGUUCUUGUUCAGGUUUGCAGUGAAAACAGUGAUUUCUAAUCUACGCUUCACUUAUAAUAAGAGAACAUCGCAACACUGUUCUAGACAUUGAUUGGUUAUGUUGAAGGACAUCUUUUUUGGCUGUUGAUUUAAAUCUAAGGCAGUGUGGAUGUUAACGGUUUCAGUUCUUGUGGCGUUUGCUUGCCUGUUCUCCUUUUUUUCCAUUCCUCUUUCUGACCCAUGUUUCUCAACUUGUUUUUAAGUUUAAGACACAAAACCAAAGAUGUGUACUAAAGGCUGAAUAUCUUUAAACAUCAUUAAUAUUGUUAAGAUUCAACAUCGAGAUUGUUCAAAUGAAUAUGCGAUUAAUCAGAAAAUCUAAAUGUUUAGCACAAAUCCUUAUAUUUUUAUUCUAAGUCAAUCAUUUUUGUUUCAUUAAAACAUAUAAAAUAUUGUAUUUUGUUAAAGCAAUUUCCAAUUCUUUUGUCCUAUCCCUGGAACCUGCUAAAAUUAUGUUACACAGUAAAUACAUUGUACUGUGUGUAUUAAUGGUAGUGUAUAGUAGUGAAAGAGGCCUAAUAUCAAGUGGGACCAGUCAGAGGCUUUUGAAUUAAUUAAAAUAUUAUUUAUUUUUUUUAACUUUUCUCAAUGUUGCAAUUUGGUAAUUUUUGGUAAUUCAAACGCAUGUCAUUUCUUGGUUUACAUUAUUACUAUUACAACUAUUAUUAUUUGUGUUAUUUACUGUGGUCUUGAGAAUGUUUUUGAACAUUGUACCGGAAUAAAACCUAAGUGCAACCAAAAAGUCCAAGGUUGUGAAAAUUUGUAAAAACAUUUUGUGCUUGCCUGGGAACAACAAAGGGGAAAUUGAAACCUUUAUGAGACUUCUGUUACUUGUGACUCUGAUUGAUAAUUUACACUCACAACAGUAAACUGUGGAGUUCUGCAUCACAACAGGCCUCUUUGGAUGAAUGGUCAUAAGGGAUAUUAAAGUUGCUGAAUUAUUAUGUAUGGUUAUGUUUAUUUAUAACCUCUGGAGUUAACCUUCAAUUACCAGAGAUUACAGUAUAUCAGUCCAGCUGGCUUUUGAUUCAUUCACAUAUACAAGAAGAGAAGAUCAUUUCUGUGUCAGGAGGACAUCAUGGUUUGUGAAAAGGCAGGAUCGUGUCUUAAAAGAUGUCUGGUGGUCUUUUUUGUGGCUGCAAUGGUUUUGAUCACGAUUAUACUGUGGUAUAAACACACUCCCCCAUCAUACGCUUGCUUUUAUAAAGCAGCAGUGGCAGCAGAUAAUGGGAAAUGCUCUGAGAUUGGGAAGGACAUCUUGAAGCUGAAAGGUUCAGCAGUUGAUGCUGCUAUUGCCGCUCUUCUUUGUUUGGGUGUGGUUCAUCCCCACAACCUGGGUUUAGGAGGAGGUGUGAUUUUCAACAUAUAUGAUGCAUCAACAGGAAACGUGGAGACAAUUGAUGCAAGAGAAAGUGCUCCAAUGAGCGCCUAUGAAACCAUGUUUGGCACUGAUGCCCAGAUGGCACAGAAAGGAGUGUUUUCCAUUGCUGUACCAGGACAAAUUCGUGGUUACGAGGUGGCACACAAAAGAUAUGGGAGACUGCCAUGGAAGGAACUGUUCAAACCCAGUAUAAAUUUGGCACGUGAUGGUUUUAAAAUCAACAAGGCUUUGGCUGAUGGCAUUGAACACAAACGUUCAGCAAUUCUGAAUGAUGAAACAUUGUGUGAAGUGUUUUGUGAUACUUCAAGAAAAGAAACCCUUAAGGAAAAUGAUAUUUUAAGACUUCCUAAACUGGCGCAAACCUAUCAGACGAUAGCAGAUUAUGGGCCAGAUGUAUUUUACAGUGGGUCUCUAGCCAAUGAUAUAGUCAAGGAUAUCAGUGAUAGAGGAGGGAAUAUAACACUUCAGGAUCUUAAGGAAUACAAGGCAAAAAUGAAUAAGACGUUGAACAUUACUGUGGGAGAUAACAACGUUUAUGUUCCUACUUCUCCAUCCAGCGGGCCUGUGCUCGCACUGAUACUCAACAUACUCAAAGGUUACAACUUCUCACCUCGCAGUGUUUCUACACAAGAGAAGAGGACUUUAACAUAUCAUCGCAUAAUAGAGGCAUUUCGCUUUGCUUAUGCCCAGAGGACUAAACUUGGAGACCCACUGUAUGUCAACAUUAAUGAUGUCAUCCAAAACAUGACCUCAGAGCACUUUGCCAACAACAUCAGGAAUAAGAUCACAAACACUACUCACCCAGGAAGCUACUAUGAACCUGAGUAUUAUGUACCUGAUGUCAAUGGGACGUCUCACCUCUCUAUCAUCGCAGAAGAUGGAAGUGCUGUGGCCGUCACCAGCAGUAUCAAUGAUCAUUUUGGUUCUCUGGUGAUGUCACCCUCAACUGGCAUAAUCUUUAAUAACCAGAUGGAUGAUUUCUGCUCUCCUGGUUUUAAUAAUAGCAAUGGGGUGCCCCCUUCACCCAAUAACUUCAUUCAACCAGGUAAACAACCACUUUCAUCAAUGUCUCCCACGAUAAUAUUUGACAAACACAACAAAGUCAAAAUGGUGGUUGGGGCUUCAGGUGGGCCAAAAAUCACCACAGGAACUGCUCAGGUGAUCAUGAAUGUCCUGUUCUUUAACUAUGAUCUGAACAAAGCUGUUAAAGAACCCAGACUUCACAAUCAGUUAAUGCCCAACAGGACCUCUGUGGAAAGUGACUUUGAGGAGAGUGUAUAUCAGGACUUGCAUCGGACAUAUCUUCAUGAAAUAAAGGUAAUACUACCCAGCGACACAAUAGCAAAGGUUCAGGCAAUUGUGCAACAACAGGGGGAAAUCUGUGCUAAAUGUGAUGACAGGAAGCGAGGCUAUCCUGCAGGAUACUGACCCCGGCUCCCUCUCUCUUCUCACCUAUUGGGAACAUUCAGACAACAUUCACAUUCAGAAGUGGUUAUACCUUUACUGUAACUCAAAACUCCUCUCUUCAAACUUUGAAUGGAAUUGUUGACACUUGUAUUUGCUUGUUUAUUAGUAUGAAGCAUUUUAUAAGUAUUUCUGAUGCACUUCCAGGAGUCAUUAAGAUCCAGUGUUAAUUAGAAAGUAAUCCACAACACAUUACUACUGUAAUUACAUCAAUACAACUGUAAUCAGAUUACACUACUCAUUACUUCUUGAGAAAAGCAAUCACAUUACUAUUUAAUACUUUUAAUUAAGUAACUUUUUCAAGAAAAUGUUGUUGUUCUGCAUUCAAAAUAAUAUUUAUAUAUGUUCUCAUUGUUUAUUGUAAGAUGCAAGUCAUACUCUCAGCACCUCAAGUGUCCCUAUAAUCACUCAUUAGUGACUCUCCAGCGGUUACAGGAACAUAUUUCACAUUUUAAUUGUAUUUGACAUAAUAUUAUUGUACAAAUAUGUGUAACCCAGUCAAUGUACUUAAAAUAAAUACACUUAGUAACUGUAGUCUAAUAACCCAAAUGUAAAGUGUAAUCCUGUACACUACUUUUUUUAAAGUAAUUCGAUUAAAGUAACUAAUUGCUUUGUCACAGUUACUAAUAAUAGGCUUAGUUCCAGUAUGACAGGGGUACAAGGAUAAGAGAUGAUUCAAAGAAAAGAGAAUUGAUACAACAGAAUUGUUUCAGAAAUGCAACAGAGGCAUUAAACAGAUCAUUCAUGUAAACAUCAGAAGAAAGCCCUUAACACCACCAUCUAGUGGCCAUCAUCAAGUCAGUCUUAAAGAGCAUACGGUCUAUAGGCAUUCAGUGGGCUGGGGGUUCUCCAGUCAACAUAACUACAGUUCUGUGAAAAAAGUAUUUGCCCUCUUUCUAAUUUCUUCUGUUUUUUUGUAUUUGUCAUCCUAAAUUGUUUUAGAUCUUCAUAUGAGAUAUAACAUAAAACGAAGGCAAUCUGAUUAAGCACAAAGUUUACAACAUAUAUAUUUUUAUUGAAGCAAAAAAGUUAUCCAACACCUAUAUCACCCAUGUGAAAAACGAACUGCCCCCUUAAACUUAACAGCUGGUUGUGUCACCUUUAGCAGCAACAAUUGCAUCAAGCGCGUCUGAUAACUGGAGAUCAGUCUUUCACAACGCUGUGGGGGAAUUCUGAGUUCACAGAACUGUUUUAGUUCAGACACAUUGAAGGGUUUGAGGAUGAACUGCCCAUUUAAGUCCUGCCACGGCAUCUCAAUCGGGUUCAAGUCAGGCCUUUAACUUUAAUUUAGCCGCUUUUGAGUCAUUCAGAGGGGGACUUCCUCCUAUGUGCUGGAUCAUUGUCUUGCUGCAUAAUCCAGUUGCGCUUGAGCUUCAACUCACAGACUGAUGACGGGACGUUCUCCCUUAUGAUUUUCUGCUAGAGAGCAGAACUCAGUUGAGUUUCCCUCAAUUGUUUAUUGUGGCAUGGGGGGCGUGGUCGUGGUUUGGUUGGGGCGAUGGAGGAGUCAGGAGACAAUGAGGCAGUUUCAAGGUUAGUAUCUUUAAUUUCCGUAACUUCGACACAGAUACAACGGUAACCGUCGUUAUAAUUGUACACAACAAGGCACAGGUCUCCACUCUCUGGCUGUCGUGUUUCAUGCAUUCACUCUCUCCCCCUCUCGACAUUUGGCGUUCCUUAAAUGUCUCUCUCCGUAUCACCUAUAACAAGACACAGGUGACAAGCCUUACCGCUCUCUCUCUCGCCCGCAGACCGACACACGACCACGCCCCCCAUGCCACAUUUAUGUUUUAUGUUAGAUUUUAUUAUAAUUUGUAUUCAAAUAGAUAUACAGAAAAACAGGAGAAAUCAGGAUGGGGCAAAUACUUUUUCAAAGGACCGUCUGUGACUCGGACGACUUCAUUUUCAUAGAAAUAAGGAAGUGUCCACACCUAUGGGAAUGUAUUUACAUAUGACUCAGACAUUGACUGAAUCCUGAACAAUGAGCCACUGACUCACAGAAUGGGGCUGCGGCACCUCGAGCCAUCACAGACAAAAGCUGAUAGCCUUAGCAAGAUUCAUUCACAUACACUCUUGUUCAAGUUGACAAACAGGAUGCAGAGAUGUAGACGAUCUGACAGAAUCAUGAUACCAAAUACCCUGAAAGCCCAAUACAAUGUUUUUCAUGUGAUGUUAUAUGAAAGAGAGUGGAUCACCUGAUCUUAUAGUGACACUUAAAUGUGCAAUCCCACAGUAUGUAUAAUAUUACAUUUGGACUUAUUUAAAAUUGUAAUAGUCUAGUGAGAAUGUUUGGAAAUUUAAAUGAAUUUAUUGCACUAGUGUCAUUUCAUUUCCUCGUGACCCCAGAGCCGCGAAUCAAACAUCUUUGACAAAAGUACUGUAAGUACUGCUAAAUCUUUGGAUUUCUACAUUAAUCUGUUCAAUUAAAUGCUGUGUAUUACAUUCUCUCACUAACAUGUAUUCAUUAGUAAAUA